GCCGGCAGCGUGGGACAGCUGGCCCUGGCUUGUGCGGAGGGCGGGAUCCAAUGGUUAUACCAGCCGACGUGCUGCGCUUGACCCUGGGCGGCUCUGACUCCGGCGCCCGGCCCCGCAUCCCUGCCUGCAGCCGGUGUCUGCAGGCCCUGUAGUGACACCGAGUUUCUCCUGGCCUUGUGCACUAGUGACUUUGGUGAGGGUCCCUGCCAUGCCAAUGAGGGGAGGAGGAGGAAGCCUGGGACCUACCCUCCUCUAUAUGCCAGCAACUGGCCAGUGUGUCUCCCUGCAGUGAUCCAUGGGACCAUCCACAGGAUUGCCCACGACACAGAGCUGCAGGAAUCUGUUAUCACCGUGGCAGCUGUCCGUGUUUUCCGCCAGACACUGCCACUGUUCCAGGGGGGGCUGUGGGGACCAGGUGGAGUGUCCCGUACCUGAGCCCAGCCUGCUUUGCACUUCGGGAGACUGAGGGCAGUGGUGUCUUGUCCAAGACCACUCAGCUCAUGAGUGCCCACGCCCUGGAGAGGGGCUGCUGCUGGGUGGGGGUGUGCCUGGACUCCCCACCCACAUGAGCCUCAGCUCUGCUGUUCCGAUCCUCAACAUCAGCCAUGGAGCAGGACGAUGCAGACGACGCUCUGACGGAGCUGCGUGAGCGUAGGCCGGGCCCAUCUGAACUGCUGCAGGUGGCAGCGGGCACUGGGCUGGCCGCCUACGCCGUGUGGGCGCUCCUACUGCAGCCGGGCUUCCGCCGAGUGCCGCUGCGCCUGCAGGUGCCCUAUGUUGGGGCGAGUGUGCGGCAAGUGGAGCAUGUAUUGUCGCUGCUGCGAGGCCGUUCUGGAAAGCUGGUGGACCUGGGCUCUGGCGAUGGCAGGAUCGUGCUGGCUGCCCACAGACGCGGUCUCCGCCCAGCUGUGGGCUAUGAGUUGAACCCGUGGCUUGUGGGGCUGGCCAGGUUCUAUGCCUGGAGGGCAGGCUGUGCCGGCAGUGUCUGCUACCACCGUAAGGACCUCUGGAAGGUGAGCCUGAGGGACUGUCAUAAUGUGUCUGUGUUCCUGGCCCCCAGCGUGCUCCCACUACUGGAGGGAAAGCUACAGGCGGAACUGCCCGAGGGGGCCCGUGUGGUGUCAGGACGCUUCCCCCUUCCCACCUGGCAGCCUGUGGCUGUGGUAGGUGAGGGCCUGGACCGUGUCUGGGCCUAUGACAUCCACAGUGGUGGGCCAGCUGGGCAGGCUGCCCCAGCACCCAGUUCUGCCUUGGUCCCUAGGGCCCCUGAUCCUCAGGCUGGCUGACCAUGUAGACACAAUAAAGACUCCGUGG